UACCCACUGUCAAUUUCUGAUUUCUAGUUUCUAGUUUCGUCAGUCAACCAGUUUGUCGGGGAUAUGGUAGAUUCCUUUUAAAAAAAUAUAAAAAUAAUAUAACAGUUUAAUUUGAAGCUACCGUCUUUUUUUUAAAUUCCAUUGCAACAAUGAAAUGGACAGUGCAUAUCGAAGGGGGACCGAUGAGAGUCAAUCAUGCAGCUGUAUGUAUUGGCGAUAAAAUCUAUUCGUUUGGUGGAUAUUGUUCCACUGAAGAAUAUAAAGAUUGGGAGCCAAUACCAGUCCAUAUAUUGAACACAGCAACUCUAAGAUGGACCUCUGUAAACUAUAAGAGAUCAGACGUAGUCCCAUUUCAAAGAUAUGGGCACACAGCAGUUGCCUAUGGUCACAAGGUAUAUAUGUGGGGCGGCAGGAAUAAUGCGGUAGCAUGUGAUACUCUCUCGUGCUUCGACACAAAGAAACUCGAAUGGAGCACCCCGCAAGUGACAGGAAUGGUGCCAUAUGCUAAAGAUGGACAUUCAGCAUGUGUCAUUAAAAAUAAAAUGUAUAUUUUUGGAGGAUUUGAGUAUCUCACUGAUCAAUAUUCUCAAGAAGUCCAUUGUCUUGAUUUGGACACACUUCAGUGGACCUUUAUAGAUGCACAAGGCACUCCGCCUUCCCACAGAGAUUUCCACACUGCAGUAGCUGUCGGAGACCGCAUGUUUGUCUUUGGUGGUAGAGGUGAUUUAAAUAGUCCAUAUAAUUCUCAGGAAGAAAUUUAUUGCCCGCAAGUAUAUUAUCUAGAUACAAUAACAGAGACAUGGGUAGCCUGUAAUCCUACUGGGAUUUGGCCAGAAGGGAGACGCAGUCAUUCUGCAUGGCUCUACAAUGAUUUCAUGUACAUUUUUGGUGGAUUCAAUGGAAAUACCAGGACACACUUUAAUGAUCUUUAUAGAUACUCAAUUAAAGGAAAUUUUUGGCAGUUUAUAAAUGUGACUGGUUCAGUUCCUUGCAAGAGACGACGCCAAGCAUGUCUUAUUUAUGAAGAUAAGGUAUACCUGUUUGGAGGCACAAGCCCUUGCCCACAUGUUAACAACAGGCCCAUUGAUGAAAAUGAUGCAAACCCCGAGAGAUUAAUUGAUAACAGUGAUUUACAUAUACUAGAUUAUACCCCAAGUCUGAAGACUCUAUGCAUCAUAGCUGUACUUGCUAACAACCUUGACCAAAGCACACUUCCGCGUGAUAUAAUUAUGGAUAUUUGUGCCAUGACAUUACCAAACCGCAUCAGCAGGCCCAUUAAUCAAGCAGGCUGAAAUAAUCUAUUAACUGAACACUUCUAUUGAUAACUUUGGAGCUUAUAAAUAUAUAAUAUGUAGUACCUAUCAAUAUCAAUAUGGAAAUGUUUAGUUGUUUUGAUUUUCCUUUUUUUAGACUGAUAGUUUAAUAUAGUUAUUGUUUAAAGCUUGAAGCUACGUUAUUUAUGUAUCUCAAGCAGUCUAGAGGCUGCUAUUAGUCAUUAUGAAUAUAUUAAUAGUUUACAUAUAGUAAAAUUUUGUAUUUUCGAUGUCCCAAACAAAUAAAUAUUUGUUGUUCGAAAUGUGUUUUAUCUAUCUGCAGAUUUGAAUGGUCUACAAUAGUCUAAAUAACACUUAUGUACUUUUUUUUGCAUAAAUACAAAUUCAAAAAUCGAUGACUAUUUCAGUUCCUUCAUAUAAAUAUGUUUCUACGAAUAUUGUUUAUUUUUAUUCUUAAGACGGGUUGACGAGUUCACGGCUCACCUGUUGUUAAGUGGAUGCCAGAUCCCAUCAACAACGUAUGUAUAGGCUGCCACCCACCUUGAGGCAUAAAUUCUAAGUCUAUUUUUCAGUACAACGGCUGUCCCACCUUUCAAACCGUAACUACAAUACAAUACUGCUUCACGGCAGAAAUAAGCAGGUUGUUGGAACCUAUCCAUGUGGGCUCACAAGACACGCUACAUAAAUGUAUAAUUAGUACACAACUUACAAAUUUAAAUUUGAAAUCAGUAUGUAAAUUUCUCGAAUUGUCCAAUAGUGUUACAAUACUACACACAUAACAGUUAUUUAACUUUACAAUUAUUCUUUCAGUAUGGAUAUUUGUGCCAUGACAUUACCAAACCGCAUCAGCAGGCCCAUUAAUCAAGCAGGCUGAAAUAAUCUAUUAACUGAACACUUCUAUUGAUAACUUUGGAGCUUAUAAAUAUAUAAUAUGUAGUACCUAUCAAUAUCAAUAUGGAAAUGUUUAGUUGUUUUGAUUUUCCUUUUUUUAGACUGAUAGUUUAAUAUAGUUAUUGUUUAAAGCUUGAAGCUACGUUAUUUAUGUAUCUCAAGCAGUCUAGAGGCUGCUAUUAGUCAUUAUGAAUAUAUUAAUAGUUUACAUAUAGUAAAAUUUUGUAUUUUCGAUGUCCCAAACAAAUAAAUAUUUGUUGUUCGAAA